AUGAAUAAAGAAGUUUUGAUUGAUAUUGGAUCACAACUAUCACGGUUGAGAUUGUAUCCAGUCUUCGAUAUUUGUCAUUACUUACUAACUGCUCUACACGUACGAGACGACAUCCAACAAUAUCCAACAGUUACACAGAAUUUUAUACGUCGUCAUCCAUUGUCAUGUUGGUUAUCAACGAUGCUACUAUGUUUUUCCAAUACGAUUCUAUCGAAUUUUCUACUGGGUGACAGUCUAGUACAAGAUUUUCUUCAUCAUCAGCAUCUGCUAUUAGCAACGAUCUGCUGGUAUUGCGUGUUUUAUUCGCCAUUGGAUUUAUUAGUUCGAUUAAUACGCUGUUUACCUAUUCAUCUUGUUCUUGGGAUUGGAAAAGAACUCUAUCGAACAAGAAAAAUCUACGACGGCGUCCGUUCAACAAUAGUCAUAUAUCCCGAAGCUUAUCUUGUUAUUAUACUCAUUGGUGCUAUUCGAGGCUGUGGUACGUCAGUUAUGACUCUAGUCGACCGAUUUAUUCGAGGUAUUUGGUUACCUACACAUCAUGAAUUUCUUUUUCCAUCAUUUACUACCAAAGCAUGUUUCCUUUCAUCGUCGAUCUUUCUCUUAUCUCAUUUACAAAUUCUCAAAUUUGAACAUGAAUUGAUCUAUUUAUGCAUUGCGUCAAUGUUUAUUUAUGUUCGAGUUAUAACGUCAUUUUUCAAACAAUACGAUCCGUUUAUGCCAUUUGAAAAUCUCACAUCUGGCUUAUUAUUCAACAGUUGGACAGAACUAAUUACUGAUGCAUAUCGACGUGCAGCUGUAUCGAACAGUUUACCAGCACCACAGAACGCAGCUCUACCAGCUGCAGCGUCGUCGGUGAAUAAUCCAGCAGGAAUGAUGAAUGCGAAAAAAGAGAUGGUGAACAAUGACAGUUCAUCAAAAGGAGUCGAUGGAAAGAAACGCGAUUAG